CGGUCUCCCCAUCUCACAACCAAACUCUGGGGAGGGAAGAGGACAGCUAACUGGUGGCCAUGAUACAGCCAGUACUUCUACUCCUGCUAAUGGCAGCCAUGUCCUCACCAGUGUUUGGGACUGAGAUAUCAGUACUAGAGGGAACCUCUGUUACCCUUGUCUGCACAAACCUUGGGAAUAAAAAGCUUGAGACAUGCUGGGGCAGAUCUUGUGGAUUUUUCCAUUGUACUGAUCCCAUAAUGGAAGAUCAAUCCAAGUAUAAAAUUAACGCUCAAGUUGGAACAGCAAACCUCACCAUUUUAAAGCUACAGCCAACAGACCGUGGGAGCUAUUGCUGCAGAGUAAAUGUCCCUGGAUGGUUCAAUGAUCUUAAACAAWUCUACAGCCUGAGGGUAGUCAAAGGUUGUGUGAGGGACCUACUYSACGAAGUCSAWUUUCUGGGGAACAAUAUUGCGAAUCAGCCAUUUACAACCGAAAAUGCAAGUCAGUGCAGGCAGGAAUGCACCAAAAAUGACACAUGCCAGUACUUCACAUUUGUUGAUGAAAACACAGAAAGAAUAGUCCACAGAAACAAAUGUUUCCUGAAGGUCUCAACUGGUGAUUCGCCUGAAAUUACAAUACAGCACCUCCAACAUGCAACCUCAGGCUACUCUCUGAGAAACUGCAGUGGUAAAGUCACCUACUCAGCCAAGAAGUACAGCCUUGUCCCUGAGAAGAAAAACUGGACCGAGGCACACGAGUACUGCAGACAGCACUACACAAACCUGUCCAUCGUACGCACAGAAGAGGAUUGGAAGGCAAUUCAAUCCUCUUUGGGUAAUUUCAYUGGUGAUGUGUGGAUUGGGCUCCAUAGGUCUGAUCCAAAUGAAAAGUGGAAGUGGUCUGAUGGAGAGGACUUCAUGUUCUUUAACUGGGAAAAAGGUUUUGGUGUCCACACUGGGGAUCAUGACUGUGUCUUGUCUACUUCAUCUCACUGGCAACCAGUGGCUUGCGCAGCACCAAGACAGUAUAUGUGUCAACAAGUUCGUCAUGGUAAUGGAACAACAGAGAAGGAGUAUGAGCUGAUGCCUGGGCCAAAGAUGCAGCAGGAUGCUGUGACAGACUGCAGAACAAUAAAAGGCAGAGAACUGGCUAGUAUCUGUAACCAGAAAGAACAGGAAUCCUUUGAUGAGUUGACUACAGAGGACACCUGGAUUGGACUUAAGCACAACAAUACACUAUGGGAAUGGUCAAAUAGAGAACCAUUUCAGCAAUGGGAACCUACCUGGAGAGGUGGAAACUGUCAACAGCUGAACUCAGACAGAAAAUGGACUCCAAAAGAUUGCUCUAAUCAAUGUGCUUUCAUUUGCUAUGGAGAUGAACGUCCACUUAACACCACUGGGGAUUUGACCAUUCCCGUUACCCCUGAAACCAUCAGCCCUACUUCAACUGGACCUCCCUCUAUCAAGACGUCCACCACAACACCUACCACUUUGCUACCUACUACUACUAAUGGACAGUCCACCACCACACCAACUACCACUACCAAUGGACAGUCCACCACCACACAAACUACAUCUACCAAUGGACAGUCCACCACCACACCACCUACCACUACCAAUGGACCGUCCACCACAUCACCACCUACCACUACCAUUGGACAGUCAACCACACCCCCAACCUCAACUUCCAGUGGACAACUGACCUCAUUAGGUCCCACCUCCCCAGACAGGAAGCCCACAUCCUCCCCCAGUAUUACAACUUCUCCACUCCAUCCUGACUACCUGCACUACCUCAACGAGUCCAAGAGCUGGAUCAAUGCCCUGAAGUUCUGUAAAAGUCGUCACUCCGACCUGGUGCACAUCACCAACCAGACCGUGCAGGCUGACUUGAUCCAGCUCCUGGCCAAUGUGGAGCUGCCAUGUGGGGGGGUGUGGAUUGGUCUGGAGCGGUCCAUCUUUGAGUGGAGCGCCCCCUGGCUGUGGACCAGUGGUGAUGUUAAUAAGGUGGUGAAGUACAGAGAGUGGCACAGCUGCUUCCCCCUCAACCCCAUCAAUUACCACUGUGGUAAGAUGGUCCGGGUUGGUAACGGAGAACUGAAGUGGCUGGAUGCUUCCUGUCAUCAGGAAUUAACCUUCAUCUGUCAAGAUCUCCACUAGAAGGCUCUCCAUGUCAUUAUGGACAGUCUGCAGACAGACACCACACUGAUCUGCCAGAGAGACUACCACCCACCUGGUCUGGAAGGAACCUGCAUUUCAAUUCAUUAUAUUACACUACUAUUAUUAAUAUUAUUACUACUUUUACAUAUUAUUAUAAUCUCUAUUACAUGAUAUUACUUAAUGAUACUCUACUUACAUAUACGGACUCAUUGUUAUUUGACCUAUAAUUUACUGUAAUAGUUUGAUUGUUUAAAAAUAGAGUAAAGAAAGGUAAAGUAAAAGUUAUUAACUGAAAAUGUAUUAUUUAACUCCUGUGUGAUCUGUACUGUUUGAGAACGCGAUUUAGUUAGAAUGUAAAUGUUAUUUUGUACUUUCUGCAUAAACAUCCAUUUAGCAUUUGAUCAGUGUGGAAUUUCAUUCUUCAUAGAAAGUGCAUUGAGUGAUGAAUCAAAAGCAAUUAAAAUGGUCAUAAUGUAACCUUA